CUCGCGCCCGGGAGCGCCGCCGGGUCCCCGGAGCCGGUCGCGUCCUUUGUGCGGCGCUGGGGUUGCGUCUCGGGGCCGCGGGACGGAAUGUGGGCUCUGCUGGGGCUUUUCUCUUCUGCCCAAACUCUUGAAACAAUGGACUGUAAGGGGAGCGGGGAUUGAGGGGGGCGAGCGGGGAAGCGAGCUACACGGGGGAAUCAUGACUUCUGCCGCCGAGAUUAAGAAGCCACCAGUGGCCCCCAAGCCAAAGUUUGUGGUGUCAAAUAAUAAGCCAGCUCCACCUCCUGUUGCACCUAAACCUGAGAUCGUGGUUUCUAGUGUUCCACAGUCAACAAAGAAAACCAAACCAGCAAUAGCUCCGAAACCAAAAGUUCUGAAGGCCUCACCCGUUCAAGACAUCAGGCAGUCACCAUCAAGGAAAAUCAUCGUGAACCUGGAAGAGCAUAAACAGGAAUUCCCUGAAAGCAUUGACAACUCUAGCUGCAAAAACAGAGGGCAUCAGAGCAGUGAUUAUAUUUUACCAAUGUGUUCCUGCCGUUCUGAGUGUAACCUUAAGCUUGGAAAUAGAGAGAAUUUGUGUGUCAAGCAGCUUGUCUUAGGGCCCCUGGAAAUGCAUGAAAAUUUAGAAAAUAAUAAAAUUGGUGAGUCCUCUUCAGCUAUAAAAACUCAGCGUAAAUGUGAUUCUAAUGAUGAAAAGGUCAAGAGCCAGAGUGAAGUCGUUUUAAAGGCAAACAUCCUGGAAGAGAAGCUCAAAGAUGUUUUAACACAACGAACGUCACCUUUUAUUUUUCCACAGAAGCACAGAUCCACAGACAGUCCAGAAAUGAGUGAUGGCUGUAAUUCCAACAGACAAUUCAGAAUUGAAUUUGCAGAUUUGUCACCUUCCCUGUCCAGCUUCGAAAAAGUUUCUGAUCAUCACCAUUGCCACCUACAACUUCCUAGUGAUGAAUUUCAAAAUUUUGAAACUAGUCAGGGUGACAGUGAAAAAAGCAACACUUACUUUCAUUCAUCUGAACAAGAAGCUCUAGAAAAUGGUAAAAGGAGUACUUUUUUAUCUUCAGAUAGAGAUAUUAAGAAAUCAGAAGUCAAAGACCUUGGUCCCUUGGAAAUUCACUUAGUGCCAUACACCCCCAAAUUUCCAACUCCCAAGCCCAGAAAGACACGUGCUGCACGCCUAUUACGCCAGAAACAUAUAGAUACUCCUAGUGAAAGUACUGAAGAACCAGAGAAUGUAGACAGUAGCUCUCCUUGUCUUUUUGAAGAUAGUUUGAAAAACAAUAAAAUCAGUGUUUUUCAUCGGAAUGUUUUGUGUAACCAGGAACAGGUGGACAAAGUGAAGCCAGGAAAUAAAAGUGAAUUGAAUGUGGACUUCAGCGGUGACAGACAAAACUUAAUCAACUCACAAAAAGCUCUGUGUCCUGAAACAUCUUCCUUUGAAAAUAUGGCAUCUCCUUUAGAGACAGACUCUAAUUUGAGUUCUGACAAGACAGGAGAUGGUUCUAGUAUGUCACCUGCUGUGGACAAAAGGACCAGUUUUAUAAGAUGCAGUACUCUAUCUAUGAGCCUGCCCAAGCAGCUCAGAUUAACCUGCACCGAACAUUUGCCUACUGCCUGUAACCCGGGAGUGUCUGUCCCUCAACUGCAAAAGGAAUCUAUGAUAAAAGAUGAAAGUUCCUCAAGAAUUGUCCCCAAAAAACCUCAAAGACACAGCUUGCCUUCUGCAGGAGUGCUUAAAAAGGCUGCCUCAGAGGAGCUUGUGGAGAAAAGUUCUUAUCCCUCAAACGAAGAAAAAAGUUCAGAGAAGGGUCUAGAAAGAAAUCACCUUCAGCAUUUAUGUGCCCAAAACCAUGGUGUGUCGUCCUCCUUUGAUAUGCCUAAACGGGCUUCAGAGAAGCCAGUGUGGAAAUUACCUCAUCCUAUUAUACCCUUUUCAGGGAACCCAGAAUCCUUAAAGUCUGUUACCAUAUCCUCAAACAGUGAGCCUCCCACUGCCCUGACCAAGCCUAGAGCAAAAUCAUUAUCUGCUGUGGAUGCAGAAAGGUGCACUAAGCCUUGCAAAGACUCUCAAAAGAAGAACUCUUUAAAGAAGUUGCUCAACAUGAAGCUGUCCAUCUGUUUCAUGAAGAGUGACUUCCAGAAAUUUUGGUCCAAGAGUAGCCAACUCGGAGACACAACCUCAGGCAGCCUUGCUGGUGGGGAGAGAAAAGGGAGUGAAAGUGAUUGGCAUGGCUUGUUGGUAGAAGAAAAGAGAAAUAAACCCAUUAAGGCAUAUUCGACAGAUAACUAUAGCCUGGAAUCCCAAAAGAAGAGGAAGAAGUCGCGGGGCCAGACCAGUGCAGCUAAUGGACCAAGAGCUGAGUCUUUGGAUGACCAACUGCUCUCCAGGGAGUCAUCCUCGCAGGCACCUUGCAAAUCUGUUAUAAGCGGCUGUGCACCGGAGUAUGAAAAUAUACGCCAUUAUGAGGAAAUACCAGAGUAUGAGAACUUGCCAUUUAUUAUGACUGUGGGGAAAACUCCAGAGCUGGAAUGGCAGAAUUCCAGCAGCGUGGAGGACACUGAUGCAAAUGUGUAUGAGGUAGAAGAGCCAUAUGAAGCUCCAGAAGGCCAGCUGCAACUUGAACCCAGACAUCAACAUUCCAGCAGUUCUGGAGCAUCCCAGGAGGGACACAAUGAUUUGGACCUUCCUCUUAGUGACCUUCCUUCAGAUGAAGAGGAAGUCAUCAACAGUUCUGAUGAAGACAAUGUCAGCUCUGCUUCUAGUAAAGGGGAGCCUGACCUGCUGGAAGAUAAACAAGGUGAAGAUACUGGAAUGAAAAGUAAAGUCCAUCAUAUUGCCAAGGAGAUCAUGAGCUCAGAGAAAGUGUUUGUGGACGUGUUAAAACUUUUGCAUAUUGAUUUCCGGGAUGCAGUAGCCCAUGCUUCCAGGCAACUUGGGAAACCAGUGAUUGAGGACCGGAUCCUAAAUCAGAUCCUAUACUACUUGCCUCAGCUGUACGAGCUCAAUCGGGAUCUCCUGAAGGAACUGGAGGAAAGAAUGUUGAACUGGACGGAACAACAAAGAAUUGCUGAUAUCUUUGUAAAGAAGGGACCAUAUCUAAAAAUGUAUUCCACAUAUAUCAAAGAAUUUGAUAAGAAUAUAGCUUUGUUGGAUGAGCAGUACAAGAAAAACCCAGGUUUUGCUGCUGUUGUUAGAGAAUUUGAGAUGAGCCCACGCUGUGCUAAUCUGGCCCUCAAGCACUACCUGCUCAAGCCGGUUCAGAGGAUCCCCCAGUACAGGCUGCUGCUAACAGACUAUUUAAAAAAUCUCUUAGAAGAUGCUGGAGAUUACAGAGACACUCAAGAUGCCCUUGCUGUUGUUAUAGAGGUAGCCAACCAUGCCAAUGACACCAUGAAGCAAGGAGACAACUUUCAGAAACUUAUGCAAAUUCAGUACAGCUUAAAUGGACACCAUGAAAUAGUUCAGCCUGGACGGGUUUUUCUCAAAGAAGGAAUUCUGAUGAAGCUAUCUCGGAAAGUCAUGCAGCCCCGAAUGUUUUUCCUGUUUAAUGAUGCUCUGUUGUAUACAACACCGGUGCAGUCCGGGAUGUACAAACUGAACAACAUGCUCUCCUUGGCUGGAAUGAAGGUCAGAAAACCCACCCAAGAGGCAUAUCAGAAUGAACUAAAGAUUGAAAGUGUAGAACGUUCCUUCAUACUCUCAGCCAGUUCUGCCCCAGAAAGGGAUGAAUGGCUAGAAGCGAUUUCCAGGUCAAUAGAAGAGUAUGCCAAGAAAAGAAUCACAUUCUGUCCCAGUAGGAGUCUUGAUGAGGCAGACUCAGAAAAUAAAGACGAAGUUAGUCCUCUUGGAUCCAAGGCUCCCAUCUGGAUUCCUGAUACCAGAGCUACGAUGUGUAUGAUCUGCACAAGUGAAUUUACUCUGACCUGGAGACGACAUCACUGCCGGGCCUGCGGAAAGAUUGUAUGCCAAGCUUGUUCAUCAAAUAAAUAUGGAUUAGAUUACCUGAAAAAUCAACCAGCAAGAGUAUGUGAACAUUGUUUCCAAGAACUGCAGAAAUUAGAUCACCAGCACUCUCCUAAGAUUGGAUCUCCUGGAAAUCACAAAUCUCCUUCAAGCACCUUAUCGUCAGUCUUACAUAGUAUUCCAUCAGGGAGGAAACAGAAAAAAAUCCCAGCUGCUCUCAAAGAAGUAUCAGCGAACACAGAAGAUUCUUCUAUGAGUGGCUACUUGUACAGAUCAAAGGGCAAUAAAAAACCUUGGAAACACUUGUGGUUUGUCAUAAAAAAUAAAGUGCUAUAUACGUAUGCUGCAAGUGAGGACGUGGCAGCUUUGGAGAGUCAACCUUUACUAGGAUUCACUGUCACUCAAGUCAAAGAUGAGAAUUCAGAGUCGAGAGUGUUUCAGUUACUGCACAAAAACAUGUUAUUUUAUGUAUUCAAAGCAGAUGAUGCUCACUCGGCUCAGAAGUGGAUAGAAGCAUUUCAAGAAGGCACAAUAUUGUAGCUGUAUUUGUUUCAUCUCUUGUGUGAUUCCAAAAGGGUGGAAUUUCAUCAGAAUAGAGUAAAUGCAGUACAAAAAUUUUAUAUAAGUGCACACUGCCAAGAUAAAUCCAACCAAAAUCUUCAUCAAAGAAAUUAUUUUGUUAGGUAUAAGGUAAUUUUUAUAAAAUGUUUGUUUUUCAUGUAUGUUAUUUAUUAAAAAUUUGAUGUUUACUUAAUGGUCAGAGUUACUUCUGAGACUCACACUGAAUGCUAAAGUAUCUUUUCUUUAGAAACCAGAAAACUUAUCUUAAUACUGUAUUAGCUGUUUGUGACACAGUCCAUACUGUUUUCUCAGUGUGUUUUACAGUGUUACUUUGUAACAUUCUCACUAGUGGUAAGUCUUUGUAAAUAAAAAACACACAUCAAGGAGCAAAUUUCCAUGCAGUGUUUGGUUUGGAAAUUAUGAUUAUAAAACAGCUGGUGAAAAAAACGCAUGUCUUUGAAUCAAUAAA